UCCAUCGCCCUCUUCAUCCGAUGAUUCAAUCGAUCUUGACGACGCUAUUCUUAGUACCGUCGCUUUGACAGUUACUACUAUGAUUCAAGCCGCAGAAGACGAGGAGGACGAGGAAGACCAACUUUCGCCUAGAAGAAGAACGGUUCUGGAACGUCGACGUGAGGAGGCAUACGCGCGAUUGGUCCGCCUUUACUUUGCUGAGCGACCCUUAUUUGGCGUGAGGGAUUUUAGACGUCGCUAUCGUAUGAGCAAGCGGCUAUUUUUGAGAAUUACAAAUGACUUGGAAGAAAGGUAUCCAUAUUUUCAACAAAGAAUGGAUGCUCGUGGGAAGCUGGGUUUCAUGCCGAUACACAAGACUACCUCUGCGCUUCGUCAAUUAGCAUAUGGGUGUAGCGUCGACUUGUUUGACGAGCAUUUGGAGAUGUCGGCUAGGACUUCCUGGGAGUCGCUGAUAUAUUUUUGUAAAGGUAUAAAUGAAAUGUAUGGACCGACAUACCUACGGAGACCUACAUCUAUCAAUCUUGAACGAAUAUACGAUGUGCAUGAGUAGCUUCAUGGUUUCCCUGGUAUGAUCGGUAGUAUUGAUUGCAUGCACUGGCCAUGGGAGAUGUGUCCAACCGCAUGGCGCGGUUCGCACACCAGAGGGGAUGUUGGUAGACCAUCAUUGAUGCUUCAGGCGGUUGCGUCUACUGACUUGUGGAUUUGGAAUGCAUAUUUUGGUCAGCAGGGGUCCAACAAUGACAUCAACGUGUUUGAGGCGUCCCCAGUAUUGGAAGAAAUUAUAUCUGGCUUGGCACCUACAGCGGGUUUUUAUGCAAACAACAACUACUACAAAGCCGGAUACUACUUGACAGAUGGCAUCUACCCUGAGUAUUCCACUUUUGUGAAGACUUUUACUGACCCGAUUGAUGAAAAGAGAAAAUACUUUAAGAAAAAACAAGAAUCGGCGCAAAAGGAUAUCGAGAGAGCAUUCGGGGUUCUUAAAAAGCGUUGGAAAGUUAUUAGUUUUCCCUCACGGUUUUGGGACAAGCAGAGGAUGCAUGACGUGAUAUACGCGUGUAUCACUAUACACAACAUGAUAUUGGAGGAUGAAGAUAAAGCUUUUUGUCAAGACUUCAACGACGAAGACCCGACACUAGACCCGGCGUAUUGGGAACAACAAACUCCAAUGGAGCAACGGAUCACGAAUUUACAAGCCGUAUGAAAUAGCCAAACCCACAACAUGCUCUUAGCGGAUUUGGUAGAUCAUCUUUGGGAAAACAAGAGGGGAAAUCCUCCACCAUACGUGUCACUGGAAGUCGAUGACUACUUUAGCGAUGAUGAUUAGUUAUUAGUUAUUUAUUUGUGUUUGUAGUAACAUGAGGCGCUUAAGGGAUUGGUAUGGUUGGGUUAAGUCAGUUAACGGUGGUCUUUUGUCAAUAAUGAGUCAAGCCGUACGGAAUGCUUGUGCAGUUGUGCAUCUUUUAAUUUGUUUGUUGAAUGUUGGACGUUAAAAAUAAAUAC